AUGAUUAUUCCGGUUGUUAUUGCAGGUGGUAGUGGCACAAGAUUAUGGCCGUUAUCUCGUAGGUUGUAUCCAAAACAAUUUAUCCCAUUAAUAGAUAACACUACUAUGUUACAAAAUACUAUUAGCAUGGUAAAUGGUUUAGCUUGUAAACCGCCUAUUAUUGUUUGUAAUCAGGCACAUAGAUUUAUUGUGGCAGAACAGUUACGUCAACAAUGUAUUGAACCCGAUGCCAUAAUUUUAGAACCUAUUAGCCGUAAUACUGCACCGGCCAUAGCACUUGCAGCACUGCAUGCAGUUAAUAACACGGAUGAUUUAUUAUUAGUAUUACCUGCUGAUCAUCUAAUUAAAAAUGCAGCUAAAUUUUGUGAAAUUAUUCAAUCAGUUACAAAAUAUGCUAAGCAAGGCAAACUAAUAACUUUUGGUAUAGUUCCUAAUAAAGCAGAAACUGGUUAUGGUUAUAUUAAGCAAGGUAAAAAAGUCACACAAAAUAUAUUCAAUAUAGAAUCUUUUAUUGAAAAACCUAAUUUAACCUUAGCAAAAAAGUUUUUAGCUUCUGGUAAAUAUUUAUGGAAUAGCGGUAUUUUUUUAAUGCAAGCAUCUAGCUAUUUAGCUGAAUUAGCAAAGUAUCAACCUGAUAUUUUAGCUUGUUGCACUCAAGCCAUGCGCGGAGCUUAUGCUGAUUUAGAUUUUCUACGCUUGGAUGUAACUGCUUUUUGUAAAUGUCCGCAAGAUUCUAUUGAUUAUGCAGUAAUGGAGCAUACUAACAAUGCUUUAGUUGCACCAAUGGAUUUAUCUUGGCAAGAUAUCGGUUCUUGGUCUUCUAUUUGGGAGGUUAGCGAUAAAGAUAAAACCAAUAAUGCUGUUUGUGGCAAGGUAUUAUUAGAAGACACUAAAAAUAGUUAUAUCUAUGCACAAAAUAAAUUAAUAGCAACUGUAGGUGUAGAUAACAUGAUUAUUAUUGAAACUGCAGAUGCUAUUUUAGUAAUGCAUAAAGAUAAAGACCAACAAGUAAAAAAUAUUGUUAAUAAAUUACAAAAUAAUAAAGAAAACAGUUAUUUGCAGCACCAAAAAACUUACCAGCCUUGGGGUAAUCAUUAUUCUUUAGUUAAAGGCGAAGGUUUUCAGGUUAGGUUAUUAACCUUAAAACCCUAUGAAAAAACAGCUACUCAAUGCAACCAAAAAUUAGCAAAAAAUUUAUUAGUAGUAACAGGAACAGCAAUAAUACAUCUAGAUAACAAUAAAACAAUAUAUCUGCAAACCAAUAAAUCUAUUCAUAUACUGGCAAAUACAGCUAAUGCUAUAGAAAAUUAUGAAGCAACACCACUUAAAAUUAUUGAAAUAUUUUGUGGAGAUGAUAUUGAGCUACAAGAUACUAUUCGCCUAAAAGAGUAUGAACAUGUCAAACAACCAACAACUGACUUGCUUUAAAACCUAUGAUAUCCGCGGUAAGCUUGGUGACGAAUUAAACGCAGAAAUUGCUUAUAGAAUAGCUCAAGCAUUUGCCGAAUACCUACAACCAAAAAUAGUUAUAGUUGGGGCUGAUGUACGUUUAAGUUCAGCAGAAUUAAAACAAGCUGUAACUAAUGGCUUAAUAGCUAGCGGUGUUGAUGUUAUUGAUAUUGGUACCACAGGUUCUGAACAAGUUUAUUUUGCCACUAAAAACCUUAAUGCCGAUGGUGGUAUCGAAAUAACAGCUAGUCAUAACCCUAUAAAUUACAAUGGUAUGAAAUUAGUUACUAAAGAUGCAAAACCUAUCAAUGCUAAUCCUGAUCUUUUAGCAAUUAAACAAUUAGCUGAACAAAAUAAAUUUAUUUUAAAUACCGUUAAAAAACUUGGAAUCUAUAAACAACAAACUAAUUUAGUUGCUUAUGUUGAUCAUUUAUUAAGUUAUAUUAGUCUUGCUAAAUUAACGCCAAUCAAGUUAGUGGUAAAUGCUGGCAAUGGUGCUGCUGGUCAUGUUAUUGAUGCUAUAGAAAAAAGAUUUAAACAACAACAUGUUCCUGUAGAAUUUAUUAAAAUUAAUCAUCAGCCAGAUGGUAUGUUUCCUAAUGGUAUACCUAAUCCGUUAUUACUAGAAAAUCGAGCUGAUACUGCAAAUGCAGUUAUGAAACACAAAGCAGAUAUGGGCAUAGCCUGGGAUGGCGAUUUUGACCGUUGCUUUUUUUUCGAUGAAACCGGAAACUAUAUUGAAAGCUAUUAUAUAGUUGGAUUAUUAGCUAAAUAUUUUUUACAACAGCAACCAAAUGCUAAAAUAAUUCAUGAUCCACGCUUGCAAUGGAAUACUAUUGAUAUCAUAAAAGCAUAUGGUGGCAAACCAAUUAUGGCAAAAACUGGGCAUGUAUUUAUUAAACAACGUAUGCGACAAGAGAAUGCUAUUUAUGGCGGCGAAAUGAGUGGCCAUCAUUAUUUUCGUGAUUUUUGUUAUUGCGAUAGCGGCAUGAUACCUUGGUUAAUUGUAUUACAAUUAGUUUGUGCCACUAAUAAAAAAUUGUCUACUAUAAUUAAUAAUCGUAUAAAUGCUCACCCUGUUUCAGGAGAAAUAAAUUUUGAAUUAGCAGAACCCAAAACAGCAAUUAAAAACAUCUUAACUGUUUAUCAAAACACCGCCUUAGUAGUUGAUAACACCGAUGGCAUCAGUUUAGAAUUUAACGAUUGGCGGUUUAAUUUACGAAUGUCAAACACUGAACCAUUAGUAAGGCUUAAUGUUGAAACUAGAAGUAACAAAGAUAUGUUAAAAGCAAAAACUAAGGAGUUAUUGGAGGUGUUAGCUAGUAAAUAA